AUGAUGCAAGCACAGCAACUGGUGACUCUAUCGGCUCCUAAGCCGGUUCCAAAUCUUUAUUAUCUGGUAGACUCACCAGGAAUUCCCCACAAUGGAGGAAAUCUACAGAGCGCAGGGAUUCCACACAGCGCGGGCAGUUCUGCAAGCAAUUCGCCGGUCCAAUUUGAACGUUUUUCAUCUCCAAAUCAUUUAGUGGACUUGAGCAGUCCUCAGGAGCACCGGCUGCUUCCGGAGUUCCAUCACCCUCACCAUCACCAUUUAGAACAUCUUCACAACCCGCAUCAUCAACAUCAACAGCAGCAGCAGCAGCAUCACCACCAUCAUCAUCCCCUUCAAGUUUAUCAAUCGGCUCCUACAAAUUUUUACAACUACUACGACUCCUACGAAGACAGCAAAAGAUCUCAAAAUUUGUCCCACUCCCAACUUGAUUAUGACCGACACGAUUCACCGGGAUUCAUCUCAGACCAAAGUCCUGAACACGAUCAAAUUUAUGUCCCAAACUCGUCUUCUCCUCUACAAAUGUACAACUCACCCGACGGUGGUGAAAGCGCUGGUGGAGCAGAUGAAAUUUCUUCAGAGUCACCCCAUUAUAAUAAUUCUCAAAACAGCGAUAUUGUUGAGUACAAACCAGUGAUUACGAACAAAAAAGUGCCGGGUAUUGUAAAUGCGAACAAACGCAAAAUAGUUAUGGAAGAAGCUUCCUCGUCUUCGAAAAAUUAUGAUCGUGAGAUUAAAACCGAGGGUGGAAUUAAAAGAAAACGAAAAGUUAGUGUUAAUGAUGAAUCUGAAAAUGAAAGUAUUGCUUCUUCUUCGGGAUCUAAAAGAAAAAUUCGCCGUAAAAGUGGUGCUAGCUAUGAAGAAAUUCAAAAUCAACGCGUUAUGGCUAAUGUAAGAGAAAGACAAAGGACUCAGAGCCUUAAUGAGGCUUUUACUUCUCUCAGAAAAAUCAUUCCAACUUUACCAAGUGAUAAAUUAAGUAAAAUACAAACUUUGAAACUUGCUACCAGAUACAUUGAUUUUUUAUAUCACGUAUUGCACGGCGUAGACAACUCAGAUAAUGGCAAUUGUCCAGAUGAUAGUGAUGGUCACUUGAAUCCGAGAAAUGCGAUUUUGGAGGCUCGAGAAAUAGCAGCGUCUACACCGUGCACAUACAUGGCUCACCAGAAGCUUUCAGAUGCAUUCAGAUUUUGGCGAAUGGAAAGUGAUUGGCAUCCCAACUAA